CUAAAACAUAAUACGGUGCAAACAAACCAAACCAAACCACCCACAGAUAACAGUAUAUACAAGCAAGCGUCGUCAGGCAGGCCGGGUCAAUAUCAAUUGGGCAGGUAGGUACAGGGGGAGCAAGCGGAGAAUGGUCGGGGUCACAGGCCAGGUUCAGCAGGUAGCAAGCAGCAUAGUACAGAGGGUCAGGCAGAGGGAUGGUCCGGGUCACAAGCCAGGGAUCAGAACAGGUAGCAAGCAGUGAUCAGAGCAGGAGAAGUCAGCAAAGGAACAGAAACAGGAUGCAGGACAGAUACAGGGCCCAGGACAAACACAACACCAAGGCAGAGUCUGCAAGUCUGGCC